GUACAAAUAUAAUUUGUUUAAAGUAAUGUUGGAACAUUAAAUGUUUCUGCCAAUGUCAUACCCAAGGCCAAGUGCUUAAGGCAUUGAUGAUGUCUUUUAUUCUGCCCUGUUUCUUAGACGUAAUGUUUGGAGAUAUUUAAUGGCCAGGAAAAGCUAGCAUUCAACGUCCUUAUAGAAUUUAAAAUGGGAAUUUGUUAUUGUCUUCACAAACAAUCAAAACAAGCACACAACGAUAGCGGAACACAGUAUUAUGUGGGUUCUACACCAACUGGUGUGAACAGUGCGACCAAAUACUUAGCACAUCAAGUCCCUGAAGUCACAAAAAAUGGGAAUUCUGUGGAUGUUCUUCCCACAAACGUUAAUCAGGUGGCGUUAUACAAUUUCAACACUAAAAAUUCAGUCGGUGUCCCUAGAAAUGUGAAUGAUAUGCAUAUGGCUUGUGUUGCUGCUCAGAACAAUGCAAUUACUUCGGCAAUAUCUACUGUCCCUACAGGAGGAGCUUCAGUUCAGCCAAGAGCACCUCUGGUUCAAGUCCGUGCACUGUAUUCCUACCAGGGGCACAAUCAAGAUGAUCUGCCCUUUCAAAAAGGGGAUAUAAUGUUUGUUGUUUCUGGAAUGUCGGAUGCAUGGUGGUUUGCAAGACAUGCAGAAACUGGAAUGAGUGGCUAUAUUCCUAGCAACUAUGUUUGCCUUGACGAUGGAUUGCCCACCAGCUUAGAUGCUUGGUAUGAUAUAGGUCGUCGGGAAGCUGACCGUAAACUGUUGCUAGUUGGCAAUCCUAAGGGCACAUACCUUAUUCGUCCCAGCUCAGAGACACAAAACUAUGCACUUUCUGUUAGACACUACGAUUCUGAGAAGAAUAUGUGGGUCGUAAAACAUUAUCGUAUCCGUAUAUUAGAUAACAAUGGUGGCUUUUUCAUAAGUAUCCGCACAACUUUCCCAAAUAUACAGGAUCUCAUCAAUUACUACACAGUUCAUCCUGAUGGACUGUGUUGCCGAUUGUCUAUUCCUUGUCCACGUGCAUAUCGUCCGCCAGUUCAAUUUCGUGAUUUCGAAAUUAACCGUGAUAGUAUUACAAGAAUACGUAAACUGGGUCAAGGCACAUUUGGCGAAGUGUUUCUGGCUAAGUGGAAUGGUUCAGUGGAGGUUGCGGUUAAAAUGAGACUAGACCAUACAGAUCGUAGUCGAUUUAUCGAGGAAGCACGUCUUAUGCAUGCUUUCCAUCAUCCUCGUAUUGUUCAGCUUUUGGGUGUGUGUACUGAGCCUGAGGAUCAACCUGUCUACAUCAUUACUGAGCUUAUGCGUAAAGGUGCACUAUAUGACUUCCUGCGUACGGAAGAAGGGCACAAAUUGACUUUAGAUGACCUUAUUGAUAUAAUGGCUCAGAUUGCAAGUGGUAUGUCUUAUUUGGAGGAAAUGAAUUCUGUUCAUCGAGAUUUACGCGCAGCUAACAUCCUUGUUGACCAGGAUUAUUCAGUGAAAGUAUCAGAUUUCGGAUUAGCAAAAAUCAUUAGUGAUGAUUCUCAUGCUGAUCCAAAUACCAAGUUCCCUAUUAAAUGGACAGCUCCAGAGGCAGCUCUGCAACAUAUCUUUAGUAUCAAAUCUGAUGUGUGGUCAUUCGGGAUAUUGAUGUAUGAAAUUGUGACCUACGGUGGUACACCGUAUCCAGGAAUGACUACACGCCAAACAGUCGCUGAAGUGGAGAAAGGCUAUCGUUUGCCUUGUCCUCAUACACCUGAACAUCCUUGCCCCGAUGAUUUAUAUAAUCUUAUGCGGAAGUGUUGGGAUGCCAGACCAGAGAACCGUCCUACUUUUCGUUCUCUUUACGAUGUGUUCGAGAAUUGGUCUACACAUACUGAGGCUCAAUAUCUGGACAACUAGAAGCAUGGAAUAUGUAUUUUCAAAUGACCAAGAAUCUGUAUAAUCAUUCCGAAUGAUAACUGAAAUUUCAUGGUGUGCAUAUUUCCGGUGAAGUAAUUUCUCCCGAGAUUUAUACUCGGUUGUUUCCUAUGUACAUACCUUAUAAACAUUUUAUAACUAAUUAUGUAAGAUGUAUUUCGAUUGUGUAUGUGUAUUCAUUAGCAGCUACCUCCACCAUGUUCUUCUCUAAAAUUUGCUCCUUUAGUUUUGUGUACUGAUUUCUGAUGUUCCAGUGAACAUGAGAUAACAAUCUUGUUUUGCUUUUUCCUGUAAACGUAUUCACUAUUCUGGUAUCAUGUAUCAUUUUUAAGGUGUACUCUAGGCGUGUCACUUUUUGUUUGAAAAUUUGCGCCAAUACUUCUCAUUGUAAGCUAUCCUUAUGUUUUCAGUUAGUAAGCUAGCUCGACGUAACUAAUGUAUGAGUUCAUACAGCACUCAGUUUUUCUUUUUCUCUCCGCAUUAUUUAUUACUGUCUUUUCUUUGCUUCCUUAUCUCAAUCAUGGACCGCUGCAUUUCCAAGUGAUGAAGCUUUUUCACCUCAAAAUUGUAUCUCACUAUUGAGUUGAUGAUUAUUGCCUCGACUUCUAUCUGUUAAUCAGUCUGUUUAUAUUUUUAUUUAUCUCAAUGAUUGUUGUAUCUUUUAUUUAAGGCUUUAUUAGAUUUCAUUGUAUGCAUUAUUUCUCCAUUAGGAAUCGUAUUGUUUGCUGCUUACAUAUAAUACUGUGUAUCCCGGGUACUACAAUAAAUAAAAUAAAAGAUGAUAUUUUAAAAAAAUGGUUACUGUUGCAUAUGCUUAGUAUUGACAAAGGUUUAUGCGUAAUCUUUUUCAGGUGAGUUCUUUUUUUAAUAAUAAGAAGCUUUUUAAGUAGUUUAAAAAAAUUAUUCCUGUACAGUUGAAUGCUCUGCUACAUAGCUUUUCUAAAAUUCUUCGAUUAACAAUACCUUUUAUUCUUCUUUCUAUCCUGCUUCAGCUGAUCAGAGUGUUAUUUUUUCACAAGGUUUAUAAAUUUCGGGAAUGUGUUAUGCUUCUUUUUGGCGUUUUUCAGAAUUCGAU